AUGAGCUCAAGCUCCCCUGGAUCCAUGGGGGGGGGGGGGUGUCUCACAAACGGGCUCAACUGGCGCAUCAUCCUUGAUAUAGUUACAGUUACAGAUACAGCAAAUGAAAGUGGUACUGCAGCAACAGGACUAAUAGCCGCUGGGGUGUUGGUUCACCGCCGACACGUUCCAGCACCGUUCCUUCUACAACAGUUAUUACCCCUCGCCUUGCUGAGCGGACGUUUUAGCACACCGCUGCCCUCUAGUGGCUGUUUUGUCCCUUUUCCAACCUUCUUGUCUGAACUUGGCUUUGGGUCGCCGCCCCUCCACGCCUCUUCACCAACCCCGACUGCCAGUGACACACAUGUGCUUCCCUCUCACAUGUUUUAUCUCCUCCUCCUCCUCCUCCCCUCCCACCAACUCACUCUCGUCCUCCUCUCACUCUCUCUUUCUGUUGGUGGCUCCAAAGGCAUCCAGAGGACAGGGACAAGGCAGAAGACCCUUCACACACCACCGUUCCACCACCCCACAGUCAUGUCCGACUCCGAGACCACUGCUGCCCCCGCCGAGGCCCCCGUCCCCGCAGCUUGUGCCAACAUCAAGGCAGAUCUGGACAAAUGCGUUGCAGAGAAGGGAGCUGACGGCUGCAAAGACCUGAUGGAGGCCUUUGCUGCGUGUGUGAAGAGUGCCGCUGAAGGGACCUCAUGAGGAGUCGUCCGCCAGCCUAAAAUGUCCAAUGCACUGAGUCCUCCAAGCUCCCAGCAUUCCCUUGUGCACAACAGCACUGGCCUGGAUGACAACAAAAAGGUGGCGGUGAUAGCGGGACAGGCGUUGUGUUGACCUGUUUGGGAUCUGGCUUUUCCCUGUUUGUUCCGUGUUUUAGGAUUUUCUGAUGUCACUCAUCCCUCUCAUCCAUAGUUCAUAGACAGUUCUGAGGAGACAGUGGGCUGCGAUGUACCUGUCGACUUGAGAUAAUACUUACAAAUGAAAUAAAGUAUAAAAUGAUUUGGUUUGAA